AUGGCGGACGAGGGCAAAGGAAUGGCUGACGAAGACGAUAGGUCUGGUAACCGGAAGAGAAAGUACGUCAGUGACUUUGAGUUUAUCGUCGAUGUCGUUGAAGUCGUGAAUGGGUCUAUCGACGAUGACGAUUUUAAAUAUGGCGAUAUAAAGAUUGAGACCCCAACUGGUAAGAUCAUAUCUCUUAAUGUCAGAGGCUCAGACACUUCGACCGUUGUCAACGGUCAUCUCCUCGAUCCACGCAAAAUUUACAUCGGUGAACCACCACCCAAAAUCAACCCCGAUUCGGGACCCCGCGGGGAUGGCGGCGGUAUUCCCGAUCGGGGAAUGCCUUCACCGAACACCCUCACCGAAGACGCCCCCAUCAAGAAAGGAUCUACCCUCACACUCCGUGUUAAAGCAGUGGAUCGGUUGAAAAUAUUUCUCAUCACUUUCUCAGGAAAGACGAUCACUUUGUUACUCAAGCCCACAUGCACCAUCACUGAACUGAAAACCAUGAUUGAAUUUAUGGAAGAUAUUCCAUGUGAAGAGCAAGCUUUGAUCUUCAAGGAAACCGUUCUCGGGGACAACGGUACCCUUUUUGAUUACAGGAUCAACAAGAAUGAGACGCUAAAACUUAUGCGUCAAUCAACGGGAAUUAUGGAGAUAGAUAUCCUCAUCUUUUAUAACGGAGAGACCAUUACUCUCAAAGUCAAACCUUCGGAUACCAUUUACAGCAUUAAAGCCAUGAUUCAGGAUGAAACGCAAAAACCUAUUGACGAGCAGGAUUUGAUCUUUAACCGAACCGUUCUUCACAACGAUGAUACCCUUGCUGGUUGCGACAUCCACAAGGAGUCUACACUCACACUUUUGUGGUCAGCAAGAGUAUACAUCAUGAAGAUAUUCAUCAAGACCGCAACAGAAAAGACCGUUACUCUGCAUGUCAAACCCUCAGACACCAUCUACAACCUGAAGUUAAAGAUCCAGGAUAAGGAAGGUGUUCCCCCAUGCAAGCAGACACUGAUCUUUAACAAAAAUUUCCUGGAGGAUAGUGCUACCAUUGCUGAUUAUCGCAUCCGUGAUGGACAAGAAGUCGGUCUUGUGUUGGGAUAA